AAUCAGCCGCGCGGUCUCUCUCUCACACCCACACACAGCUACCGAGGGAGAGGGUCCCGACCGGAGAUGCCCCACUGGGGAGAAGAAAGCGCUUGAAGACCGUCCGCAAUUGUUUCAAAACAACGCAAGACAUCCAGUCCUUAAAAGAAACAAUGGAGAAGGGUCAACGGGAUGCAAUAGACCUCGGCAUCCCAACAGCAAGAGACACAGAAUGCGGUCCCCAAGACCAGCAUGAAGCUGGCCAUGCCAGAGUCUAAGCAGGAGGGCUGUCUGCAGGAAUUGCCAGAUCUCGCGGGUGAACUUGAUUUGAAGCAACACAACAAACUGAGACAGAAGAACGUACAGAUUGCAGCAUUCACCCAGGGACGGGAUAACCUGAGGGCCCAUCCACGACAGCCUGACAGCGGUUUGUCCUUCCGGGAGCAUCAGGAUUUGGACAAGAAUCUCAGGAACACAAAAGAUGACUUAUUGACAGAGCAGUGGCACACCAGAUUCCAGAUCAAGCAGCUGCAGCAUCAACUGGAAGAGUCUGGGGCAAGAUUGGAGCAGAGGACAGCCAAGAUCACUCAGUUACUAGAGAAAAAUGGCGGCCUGGAAUCGCAGGUCAGGGAACUGAAGAGGACUCUGAAGGUUGAGAGAGCUGCCCCGAACUCCUCCAACUCAAUCUGUGUUCAUGAGCUUCUGUCACAGCUGACAGAACGUGACCUGAAGGUCAGCGCCCUGGAGAAAAUCCUCUUGGAGAAGGACUUGGAGCAGUUGAGGCUGAGGGAGAUCGUGAUGACGUUGAGAGCAGAGAAAGAGGCUCAGCUGUCUGCCAUGGAAACUCUUAGAAAGGAGCAUGCACGACAGCUCACUUUAAACGCCAUGGAAAAGCAAUGGGAGCAGACCAAGUGUGAAGCAACGCUGACCUUGCAAGAACAGGUCCAGGGUCAGGAGAAGUUGAUGAAGAAACUGAGCGAAGAGUUGAAACUGGAGGCAGUGGAGUCGGUUCCGAAUGCCUUAGAUCUUGAAAACAAGAAGUGGGAAGCAGAUUCGAAGGAACAGCUUCACCAACAUUGUCUAUCUCUGGAAAAGGUGAAUGGGAGAGCCCUUAAACAGGCCAAUGAGGACCUGGAGGAAGAACGGAGAAACUCACUCACUUUACAACAUAAAUUAGUCGAAUUGCAGAAGAGAAUCCAGGAGCUGGAGGUCCACAGCCGUUCCCUCCAGCAAAAGACAGAUCAGGCCAUAAGCAAUCUGAAGACUCAGAUUACUGAAGAGAAAGAAAAGGAGAUCCAACAGCUCAGAGAAGAAAUGCAGUUGGGUAAAGAAAAAGAAAUUGAGAGACUGACUUCAAAGAUGGAGGAGGAGUUGCAGAUCCUUCGAGCUAAGAACAGUGAAGUUUCCCUCAAAGAGAGAGAAGCCAGAAUGCAGGAGGAGCAGGCAGAAAAGUCCUUUGUGUCUGAGAUCAAGACAGAGUGUGAACGCAUUCAUGUGUUAAUACAGAGUACACAAAUGCAAGCCUUGGGGAGAGUGAGAAGUCCACCCUGCAGUAAACUGAGGAGCCUGACACGAAUGACGUUAGGAGAAGCUAUCCAUGCACUGUGCAGAGCCAGUGAGGAUCUGUGCCAACAUGUGGUUGACUUGCAUCAGGAGCUGAAGAGCCAGCGUUGUAUGGUACAUCAUCUCCAGACAGACAAGGAUGACACCAAGGAGGUCAGCAAGCUACAGAGAUCGCCACUGACUAAGUCUGGGAGAGAAAAGCAACAUACACUUCAGGAGAGGAAGAAUGAGUUACCAGAAAUCCAUAGGACCAUGGCUGAAAGGGAUGAUGUGACUCCCUGCAAACACACCCGCGAGUUUCAGGAGAAGCAGAAUGUAAAGAUUGUCGACAGAGACAGAAGUGAAUGUCAAAAGAAGACAGAAAUGCAAGAAAAUGAAAUCCAUCCCCUGCCUUUGGAACACACUGAACCUUCUCCUUCAUGGUCUGCCUCUACCACAUCAGUAACUUCCUCUGCAGUGAUCUCAUGCAGGCAGAAGGAUUUUGGGACACUGAAGCUGCUGAAACAUUUGCAGAGCCGUGUGAAACAGCUCCGAGCAGAAAACAACAUCUACUGUGGAACCAGCCUGAAGGAUGUGAGCAUUCUCCAUACCAUGACUGACAGCUCAUGCAGAGAGACUACGAGUAGUUCACCGCACAGAUCAAUGCGGUUACAGGACUGGCAGAGAAAUAGUGACAGACAGGAAGAAGGUUAAUUAGGGAACAAUUAUAUGCAGGAUUCUGCACUGACUCGGGGGCUAGCCUAGAGAGUAGGAGUUGCUUCUCUGGCAAUGAUGUUGGUGCAGCAGGACUAACUUGUUGGAAACUGUGGGUCAAGCUCCUAUUUAAAUAUUGCCAGUCAUGUUCAAUGUCAAUGCUGCAUGUACUUGGAAGUCAGCAAUCACUGGUGAAGGAUUGACUGAUAACAGUCACCUCUCCUCCCCAGAGUCAGGUAAUAUCAGAAAGAUUUUACAUGUGCUUUGUGAAGAAGGAAAGCAGUAAGUGGUAUUUGAAAAAUCACUCAAGAUGUAUGCUUGGCCACCCCUUCCACAAAUGGAGACCAAACAGCAAACCACAGUAGAAUGAGAUCUGACAGCUUAUUUCAGAAGGCUGUCUCAGUGUUGCUGAGCUGCAGUUAACUGCUCGCCAUGAUCAUGCUUUGAGACACUGGAUUAUGUCAUGGUUUGAUUAUACACAGUUCUGAGUGUCCACCCAAAUAGGCCAAUGCAACAUUACUGUAUGGAUGGUGCUGAUUGUAUGUGUUUAGUAUUCCUAGUAGAAUUAAAUUUGGACUAACGUAAAAUGAUGUCCCACAUUAGUAUUUGAUUUUGCUGUUCAAAUAUCUCCUUCCUACAACCCCUUCUUCCUAAAUCUACAUACCUCUAACUAAAUUGAGGGUGAAUGAUUAAAUCCAUCUUGCUACAUUAUUCUACUGUAUUUGUAUAACCAUGUAUGGAAUUUUACUGAAUUUUUUAUUGAGCAGAGAAAAAAAAUAACUAAUAUCCUUUACAAUUUGUUUUUCUGUUGAAGUGUUUAUUCUUUGAACAAAAAGAAUGUUGCUGCUGAGAAAUCCUUACAUUUGUAUUAACUGAAGCUCUGAAACUCAUUUGACCACUGACACAAGUUUUAAAUUGGAUGAGUACAGGAUAAGGAUAUGGGAAGUGCUGAGCAGGAAUGGGAUAUGGGCAGUGCCAAGUGGGAUUGUGGCUGAGUAGUAAUGUUAUUGAUACCAGUGGCUGAAAAGAAGUUGAAAGACUUCGGAGUGCAGAAAACGAAGGGAGUGAGAGAGAUUCAGGGAAGAGGUGAGUUGUGAUUGAGACAAUGGAAAUAGCAAAGUUACUAUAGAUGGCAAGACAGCCAUGAAACAUGCAGGAGACCUUUAUAGAUUAGAUUCCCUACAGUAUGGAAACAGGCCCUUUAGCCCAACAAGUCCACACCACCCCUUGAAGCAUCCCAUCCAGACCCAUACCCCUAUAACCCCCACACACCCCCAAACACUGCAGGCAAUUUAGCAUGGCCGAUCCACCUAGCCUGCAAAUCUUGGGAUUGUGGGAGGAAACCCACCCAGACACAGGGAGAAUGUACAAACUCCACACAGACAGUCGCCCAAGGCUCAAAUCAAACCUGGAAACUGGCGCUGUGAGGCUGCAGUGCUAACCACUGAGCCACCCUCUGAGGGAGAGAACAAGGGAGUUGGAGAACUGAGGAUAAGGUGAGCUAAGAUGGAGAUUUACCAUUGGUUCAUAAGAUAUAGGAGCAGAAUUAGGCAAUUCAGCUCAUUAAGUCUGCUCUAUCAUUCAGUCAUGGCUGACAAUGAAAUCACCAGAAGUACAUGUUGCUCAGUGAGACACCUGGAAAGAGGAAACCAGUGCGUAUUUUGUGGGUCAAAACAAAGAUGGGAAUAAAAGGAUUUUUAUAGGUGAAGUGAGGAGGUAGAAUAAGACAACUGCUUAAACAUCAAGUUGCCAAAAUAGUUGGGGUAAAAACAGAAGCUUGCACUUUUGCACAUCCAGUGUCUCUGUAAAAGUGACAUUUACCUAGCUUGUUUGCAUAAUCAUUUCAAUCUUUUUACCUUGAAGAAAACUUCUGAAUGGGGAAAUGAACAAUUGGUAGAGUACAAAUUUCCUCAUUGGUAAUCCUGCUACGCAUGUGAACAAUUACUAAAGCAUUGCUGGUGAAGAUAAUUUUGUGCUGGAUUGAUACAUUGUUACUUGGACAGGUGUGCAUUAGGGGAAGCCAAAGUUAAAAACAAAUUUUGGUUGAAUUUUUUUGGUGAGAUAAAGAUAUUAAUGAGGGAAAUUCUGCUAACAUAUGCAAGUGAUCUUGCAAAACUAAUUUAUAAAUGAGACCAAUUGUGGCUUUGAAGUCCAUGGGAUAAAAAGGAAAGUGAUUAAAAGUUGAUUGUGACAGAAAACAGAAGUAGUGAAUUCUGAGUUUCUUUUGUACUGGACGGAGGUACAUAAAGUUGGUACCAGGCCUAUUACUUGUUCUAUAUUGA